AACACUCCACCUAGCGGACGACAGCUGAAGUGACAACAAGUACACACACAUUUUACGUGCGACUGAGAAAAAGCACAGUUCAAAGUCUUCUGAAUUUGAUGCCGUGUGAUUUACCAAAACAGUUUGCGAUACACUCGCACUGAAAAUACAAAUAAUCUAUAAGUACCUGUGUACUGUUUUUAAAAUGACAACCAUUCUUCCCCGCAUCGAGCAGCUGUCCUCCCGGGUGAUCAGAAUCCUCGGCUGCAACCCUGGGCCCAUGACUCUGCAGGGAACUAAUACUUACCUGGUGGGAACGGGGAAGAGACGAGUCCUUAUAGAUACUGGUGAGCCAUCAGUUCCCGAGUACAUUACCUGUUUAAAACAAACUUUAAACAAGUUUAAUACUACAAUCCAAGAAAUCAUUGUGACCCACUGGCACAUGGACCAUGUUGGUGGGAUUGAAGAUAUCUGCAGAGACAUCAGCAGCGGUUCCAACUUGCGCAUUAGCAAACUUCCUCGUAAUCCUCAUGUUGAAGAUGUAAUAGGAGAAGGAGAGCAGCAGUAUACUUACCUGAAGGAUGGUGAUGUGGUGGAAACUGAAGGAGCCACCCUCAGGAUCCUUUUCACACCUGGCCAUACGGAUGACCACAUGGCUUUAGUGCUCGAAGAAGAAAAGGCAGUGUUUUCUGGAGACUGUAUUCUUGGUGAAGGGACAGCGGUGUUUGAGGACCUCUAUGAUUACAUGAAAUCGCUGGAGAAGCUAGUAAAUGCCAACGCUGAAUUGAUAUAUCCAGGUCAUGGACCAGUUGUACAGAAUGCUGGUGCAAAAAUAAGAGAAUACAUCGCUCACAGGAACUUGCGUGAACAACAGAUUCUAACUGUUCUCCAAGAAAACUCUGGAAACUCCUUCACAUCCAUGGAUCUUGUAAAAAUUGUUUAUAAGGAAACUCCUGAACAUCUACAUAAAGUAGCAGAGGUAAACCUUGUGCAUCAUUUAAAGAAGCUAGAAAAAGAAGGGAAAUUAUCAAGAGAAGCAUCACCUCAAGGAAAAUGGAAAAGCAAUCUAUAAUUCUUCCAAUGGGCUCUUGGGUUCAAGUUUUUCUUAUCUUUACAAUGUGCCUUAUAAUGUGAAGUGGGCAUUGUAUGCAUUGGUUUCCUUUGUAUGAUAUCUUUUCAAUGAAAUCAUGUAUAAAUUCUAUUAUGUGAACCAGUACAGACAUGGUUAUUUUUGCCAUACAUUUCAAUACAUACAUUUAAGCAGUGUUUGUUUGAAUACUCAAAUAUUCGUCCCAGCACUCGUUCAAACGAAGUACCAAGUCCUAAUUGGAAAACCAUCCCAAUUCCAACAUCUCAAAGCACAUUAACUUUGCAUUUGUUUUGUUUUUUUAAUAAUGUUGGCUACUUUUUACACUUGUAAUAUACCGGUAAUACUAUUAUUUAAUAAUUAAAUAUGAUGUUAAUAAAACAUUAUGAUCUUAUAAUGGAAGUGUUUUUAAUUGCAUGUCUGAGAUGUUGAAAUCCAUUUAAUUAGUGUACCAUUCUUUUUACAACAUGCAGGUUUGUUUGGAGUGUGGUGUGCAGGCAAUGGAUAAGUCGGACAUUUUCCACAUUCAAAAAUAUCAUGUUAGUACUAAAAUAAAUACAUUUAAAUGUAAUCUAUUGAAAUGUUUUUAAUAAUUGUUUCAUUUUUUUCUAAUUUUAUUAAAAACUGGAGUUGAUUGUA